CCUUCCAAAAAUAAAAGCCAACUUCUGCAAGGCCGAGGACGAAUUGUGCUCAUGGGAUUCACCAAGGACGCGUUUUUUGUCACUCCUCGCAACAGACGGAGCUCGGGGUUUUUUUGGAUGCGUCUGAUGGCAGACUCACAGAUUUUGACUUUGUUUCUACUAAUCUGCAUAUGGGCAACAGCGGAAGGGCAGAUAAAUCGACUCAAAGUACCACGUCCCAGAGUUAGCACAUCUAAAUUCUCACUGAAUCCAUUUAAACCAAUAAUGAAUUUAAUGAGGCAUGAUCCCAUGAAAGCUGCGGCUCAGAGACACCAUGUGAAAUAUUUACCACCUCCCCCAGGAAUGUAUCAACCAAUGCCAGCACCCUCCAGGACAUCAACGGUAUACGGCAUGCAUCCCUAUCGGCCAUAUCCCUCACACCAUGCGCGACUUCUGCCACCUUCAACAGUAUCUCUAGUCCCACCUCUUUCGUCUGCACCAUCAUCUUUAGUUCUCUCAGCUUUGAUAAAUGAUCAUCAUCAUCAUUAUAGACCUUUGCCAUCAGAUCUGCAGAUUAAAGCUGUCCGUAUUCCCUCCAAAAAUCGUAGACCAAGUUCUGUAGAAUCACUGAAUAUAGCUGACAGUGUUGUUCGUCAGCUUUUGGACAUACCACAGCAGCAGCAGGAACAUCAUAACUACCCCUCUGUCUUGGUCAUUGAGGAUCCGGACGUAACAUCAUCAAGCAGCCCGUCAGAAAUCUUCAGCGACACUCUGCAACAGUCUGCACAGAAAGUGUUACUGUCUCCUCCAGUUCAUGCAGAUUACUCACAAGAUUCAUCAGCUGACCUAUCUAACAAUUCUGCUGGCAAUCCAGAAGUGUUCGUUAUUGUCUCUAAAAAUAAAUCUAAAGGAAGUUACUACACAGAUGAUAAGAAAUCUGAUCUCCUCUCAACAUCAGGAUCAUCAUCAAAAUUAAAAAAAUACAAGAUAACAACUGCAUAUGAUGAAAACGGAGGUCGACAAGUUUGGAUCAUUAAACGAUGAUUGCUCCCCUUUUCGUUCUUUACAUGAAAGCAAUUUUACUAUGCCGCAUUAUUUUUUCAUCUCCCGGAUGAAAGGUGUGAUUUUUAUAAUGGGAAAAAGAAAAAAAUAUAUUUCUCUUGGGUCGAAAGAAUUUACAAUUUGCACAUAAUGUAUGUAAUUCGUUUUCCCCAGACUAUACAGUGCAAGAGACUAACAUACGCUCCAGGAGAGCUGUAAGUUGAAAAGUUUUAUCUGUGCAGGCACAUAUUAUUUAAUUCCCAGAGAACAGCUAUUAAAAGACUUUAAAAUAAGCCAUACGCAAGGCAAGAUUAAAUUUUCGAACACGUAUGCAACAGCAUUCUUGAACGUAAAAUAAGCAUUCUAAAAUAACAGUCAUUUUAUUUACGAAUGAAAUCCUUAGGUGUACAAGACUAUCAUAUUUUUCAUCAGCAAGUUUAAAUUCAAUUUCAUUGAUAAAAUUAUACAAUUUUUAUAUAAAGACAUGAAGAAAUCAUAUGCAAAGAGCAGAAAAGAGAAUUUUCAGUUUUGUGUAUUAAUUCAUUUGUAAAAGUUACAUACACAUUCAAUAUUGUUGAACUGCAUUAAAAAAUAGUCUUCAAAAAUAGCUGAAAUGAAGUUCAUAUUUAAAAUCUCGCGAAGAAUAUUGGAACAAUAUUAUAAAACAAUUAAUACUAAAAAAUCGAUAAAAUUAACUAUGUGCAAUAAAAGGUAGAAUUAGAAGACGGAAUAGUGUCACUAGAAGAUAACGAAUAUAUAAUUUUCCUGCAAAUUAAAUUAUAUUUUAAAUGGUUAAGACAUACAUGUACUUUAUGGUUUUAUGGAUUAGACUAAUGAUAUAAUAAUAACAUGUAACAUCAUAUUGUUAUACUAGAUUAAUAUAGCAUAAUUGUUCAGUUUUUCAUAUUUUUCUAUAGUUAUAAUUUAUAAUCAAAUAAUGAAACCAUUGCAAUGUAUAUCUUCAAGCAGGGUGACAUUUAAAUUUCAUAUUUAUAUACUUAUUGCCUUUUGAAUGAGAAUACUCUCUUUCUAAACAUAUGGUUUUGUUGACGUUAGUCACAGUCCUAUUUUAAACAUGAGUUUAAAUGAAUUGUAACUUUUGAAAGAACAUUUACGUUGAUAUUGGUCCCAUUUUCUUGCAAAUGUACAUCAGAGACCCUGGUCUGAUUUCAUCUUUCAGUUCUCAGUACAUGAGAAGAAUGUAAUAUGCAUAUUUAAAAACCUGCAUACUGUUCAUUUUUGUGUGAUAUUCUACUGCCUUUAAAAGGGUUUGUUCCAUGAGCAUUUUGUAUAUAUGUUUUUUAAAUAAAUAUAUAAACAAAA